AGGCGCGCAUCGGCGAGCAAGUGUGGGCACGCGAAAACGAGUUUGACGGGCAGCGGCAGCAGUAGCAGCGACGAAUAUAGUGCGACGUUUUGUAUGGACUUUUAUUGUAUACUAUAGCAGAGCAGCGGCAACGUGAGGGGUGUGGUUGUGUUGAUUGCAUUGCGCCGAUCGCCUGCUUCAGCGCUAAUGCAGUGCGUUGCAAGGGCUGAGAUUUUCCAUUUGGAAAAUACCGGAAGUUGAGUAGCGACAGCGACGGUCAAGAGUUGCAAGUGUAUGCUGGGCAGAGCGGUUUCCGACGAUCUUAUGAAAUAAUUAUUAUUGCUGUCACGAUUGAUUAGUUAAUGAUUUUGCUAUGGGCGCGUAUUGAACUAUGUAAGAACUGACGCGCGUUAUAUUAUCAAGUGAAAUUAAAUAAAAUAUAAAAAUGCCGACGCUGCAAAUCGAGAAAUACAAAUUUACAUACAUAUGUAUAUAAACUGAAGUCAGCUAAUGAAGAAAAAUAAAAAUAUUUUUUUUUUGCGCCAACAAAUCAUGUGACCACAGUAGCGAAAAUUUGAGUUCAAAGAGUUUAUAAUAAUAACCAAAGCACAGGCUAGUUGGCCAGUCAAAGUGUCAAAUUACCCCCAAAAACAAGUUUUAGUCGUGUAUUGUUGUUGUUGCUAUUGCAGGCGGUUGACAAGUUUGUGAAGCGUUUUUUUAAUUAGAGCAGACGGUGCGGACUCCGGCUUCAGUUUGUGGUUAAACUGCUUUUCAGCACAUGUAAAUGUGUAUGUGUGCGUGUGCCGGCAUGCGGGCAGUCCACCAAAACCUUGACCCUGUCAAACGAAACAGCAAAAACUACAAAACGAAAGCAACAUUAGCAAAAACACAACAAAAAAGUGAACUAAAAUAACAACAACAACUAUUUAGCAAGCGACCGCCAGUAGUCAGCGCCAUUAGAAUGCUGACCUGUCAAAGUGUGAACAGCUACAAGUUUUAGGUUGCCAGUAACACAUGGCAUUCAUAUGUCAAGUAAACUAUCAAAAAACAAAAACAAUACUAGCAUAUAUUUUACAGCUAACAGCUUUUGGCUUAAACGACGGGCGCGCGUUCAAUCUGUGACCAACGGCCAUUUGGUAUGGCAAAUAGUGGCAAAAUGUCGCAACGGUGUUAAUGACACAGUGUGAACGUGCGCACACGAAUAGCAAAAAAAAAAAAAAUAAUAACAGUUAUUCGCCAAUGAAAGCGAAAACUAAUGCAUAAAGGCUAUUAAAGAUCGCCGCUUCUCUGUUGAUAAAUAAAAUAAUAUGCCAAACUUUGCGUGGGCUUUUAUCGGUAAACUAAAAAUUAUGGCUUUAUUACACAAAUUAGUUAUCGAUUUGUAUGAUUCACAUAUUUAGUUUUUGGCCUUGAAACAUUUUGUAAACAAAACGAAGUUCAUAAAAUUUGUAAACAAAAAAGUGCAAUAUUUUGUUUCCGUAGUGGUCAGCUUAGCAUAAUGGCUGCUUAUGCGCAGUAUAAUGGCUGCGGUUAUCCGUCGGCGAAUCAGUAUCUCACGGCCGGUGGUGCUUUAUCCAAUCUGCAUCCAAUCUCACCAUCUCCGUUAGCCGCCACGACUCCUGCCCAUCCACCUGCCUCGAUCAGUCCGCCUUCCAAUGGACAUGACAGUAAUGUUAGCAGUACUGGUGGAGCUGGUGGUGUCGACCUCAAUAGCGGCACACUAACGCCCGAUCCCGCCUCGCAACCUUCAAAUACUGGCACACCCAGCGCGGCAGGCAGUAGCGCCAGUGCGAGUGGCAGCAUCGACAGCAGUUCCUUGGAACCAUAUGGCACAUGUGCAACUGUUGAUCCAAUGACGGGUUUACCACCACCACCUUCAGUAGCACAACACCCGCUGUCCGCUGGCGCAGUUUGCUGUGAUAAUGGUCGACCUGUUAUGACAGAUCCGAUGACAGGUCAAACGGUUUGUUCGUGUCAAUACGAUCCAACUCGUUUGGCUUUAAGUAGUUAUGCGCGUAUGCAGUCGGCAGCGGCAGUAGCGGCUUCGGCAGGUGUACAAACGCCUAGCGUCGGUGUGUACGGUACACCAUAUCCCUCUAAUGAGCAGAAUCCGUAUCCCAGUAUUAGCGUCGACAGUGGACCCUUCUACUCAAGUUUGAGUACGCCUUACACUUUGAAGGAUGGCAGUUGUAAUGGUAGUGAGGUGACAACUUGGACUUCGACGGGGUUGCCACCUUCAACCGGUUACUAUACGUACGAUCCAACAUUCGGUGCGUAUGGUUAUGGCGCCAGUUAUGAUUUAGCGUCGCGGCGUAAGAAUGCCACGCGUGAAUCCACAGCCACGCUGAAGGCCUGGCUCAGUGAGCACAAGAAGAAUCCAUAUCCGACCAAAGGCGAGAAGAUCAUGUUGGCCAUUAUCACCAAAAUGACAUUGACACAGGUGUCCACGUGGUUUGCGAAUGCGCGCCGACGCCUCAAAAAGGACAACAAAAUGACCUGGGAGCCAAAGAAUCGCACCGAAGACGAAGAUGAGGAUGCGUUGGCCUCGGACGAUGAGAAACCACGCCACAGUGAGGAGAUGAGCAUGAAUAGUGUUGGUGUCGGUGGUGUUGGUUGUGCGGAGCGCAGGCGGCCGCUCGGCAUGGAGUACCCUGGCGGCGCCAUAAACGUUACAAUUGGCAACAACACAACAGUUGCGGCAAAUACAGCGACGACGACGGCAGCAGGUGCCGUGGAUGUUGGCGUGAGUGGCGUGGGUGCAACAAUUGCGGCUGCGACGUCGACGGCGUCGGCGGCAAGCAACCAGCAUUCCCACAUCGGCGGCACGAGUGUGGGCGCCGUCGGUGCAAUACAACCUGCAAAAGAUCUCUAUCAACAUCCUCAACAGUAUUCGCGGAAUCUCUUCUAUGGCAGUAAUAAUAAUGACAGCAGUCAUAGUUUGCAUGCGCAUUUUCCACAACUACAACAGCAACAGCUACAGCAACAUUCGCAACAUCUGCAGCAACAUUCGGCGCUGUCGGCACUAUCGCAACAUGUUGCUGAGAGCGCCAUUUGGCAGCAACAUCACUCGCAGACACAUCCAACGCAUUUGCAGCAAUAAUAAAUGUUGCUUUUCGUGUGCAUAUGCGUGUGUGUGUAUAUAUACAUAGAUAAAUUAUAAUUAAAUUACAGUGGGCAAUUGUGCAAAUAAACCAAAUACUUCAAUUUUUAUAAAACAAAAAAUAUAUAGCAAAGGUUAUUAAAUUCUAAAAUAAUUUAUAUAAACAAUAAAUUCCAAAAUAUUUAAUAAGAAAUUGCAAUGAAAUAUGGCUUUCUUCGCAGUUUCAUAUAAAAAGUUGUGCAGUCUAUAUUGUUAUGCCUAAAAUUAUAUAAUAACAACUAAGCAUACAAAGUGCAGUACUAGACAUAUGUACAUACAUACAUAAAUAUGUAUGUAUGAAAAUAAAAUGUAAAAAUUUAAAUUUAGAUUUUUAGUAUUACAAAUAUAGUAUAUCUAAGCCAUACUUAUUCUUAUUUAUAUAACUGUAAAUGCGUACUUGUUUAUUGUAAUAUUUGUUAUAUAUGUAUAUUUAUAUAUUUAUCUAUUGUGUUUAUGCUUAAAUUGCAAC